AUGAAGUCGCUGCUGCUCGCCGCUCUGCUCGCCGUGAGCCUCGCCGCCUCAGUGUCGACCACCACUGUUCCUCCGACUGCCACGCCCCCCACUGAAAACAUCACAACACCUAGCCCCGCCCCCAGAGAAGAAGCCACGCCCUCAGACAACACAACGUCACCUAACUCCACCCUCCAAUCUGAAGCCACGCCCACAACCGACAAUGCAACAACACAUAGCUCCGCCCCCAACACGUCAGCAUCGCCUGCACCCAACGUGACCACAACAGCCGAUACCAACAGCACCGGGUCUGACCCCGGUCCCACUGGUCCCACUGGUCCCGCUGGUUCCACUGGUCCCACUGGUUCCACUGGUCCCACCACAGCGGCAAACCAGACCAACGGCACGACCGCUGACACCAACACAACGGCGCCCCACGCUACCAUGACAACCUCCUCUGCGAACAGCACCGUACACCAGAACAGUUCUUCUGGAACCACGAUGCCGCCAAAUACCGUUUCCACCGGCAACAGCACGCACGCCACUUCCACCGUUUCCACCGGCAACAGCACGCACGCCACUUCCACCGUUUCCACCGGCAACACCACGCACGCCACUUCCACCGUUUCCACCGGCAACAGCACGCACGCCACUUCCACCGUGACGACGUCUAACGACACCUCGCCAACAGGAAACGAAACGACAGCCAACAGCUCGCCGGCUUCUGUUUCCUCGACUAAACCAAUCACGUCACAGAACACGGACACGACCACGACCGACGCCGCCGUGGCGGCCGGCGGCGUGCCGGGAUGGGGGAUUGCUCUGCUGGUUCUCGCUGCUCUGGUUCUACUGCUUCUACUCCUGCUGCUCAUCGCUCUGUUGGUGUGGUGGUGCUGUAGGGGGACCAGUGAUCUGAGCUCCUACGACCACCUGAACCACCGAGACGACAUCCCUCUGUACACCACGCACGGACGCUUCGACUGGCCCAACAGGAAGAGCACACACGAGGACGGGGACAGACCCAUGAAGACCCGUACGGGGACGUACACGGUGAACCAGUAGAGACGGAGACGUUUCCUCUUAUUUAUUGUCUGUGAAGCACUAAAACACCAAACAAACACUGAACAAUGUUUAUCAUUCACUUCUCUUGUUUUUAUAUCAUCAUAUUGUUAUUUCAUAUCUUCUCUAAACUUUGUCGCUUCAAGUUUCAAUUUGUAAAAAAUAAA